UCCUAAACAUAAAACUUCACACAUUAGUGUUUGUUUCUAUUUAUUUUAUUAUUCUGAUCGAGAAAGAAUUUAUCUUCCAAAGAAGGGAAUUAUUGUAUCGAUCGACCUUAUGUAGAUCUGGUGACGAUUCGAUGUUGUUGGAGGAGAAUUGACGAGUGAGUUUUUUUGGAUCUCAAAGGUGGAGUUUCUCUUUCAACAUGGAGACUCCUUUAGACGUCCUUUCUCGAGCUGCUUCGCUGAUGAAUCCAAAACAAAGAGCUGAUCCAGAUUCAAAGUUCAUUUGUAUUGACGAUCAAUCAGAAGUUGAAUUGUCUGAAAAUCCUCGAAAAMGAAAUUAUCUUAAUCUAAAGAAUCCUGUCAAAACUGCCUGCACUCAAACAUCGCCUUUAAGUCCCUUACCAAAGACACGAAUYGAAUCAGGUCCACCACCUCUUAUUUCACUAACAAAUAAAGAACRAAUGGAUUCAACACAAGUUUCAGUCUCUCGGCCAUCAGUGAUCACAUCGACCAAGGUCAUUCRACAGCCUGUCAAUUACAUGGAACAGCAAGUAUUCCGAACACAAAGAAUGUCUACCACUGCUGGACUUCAUCGGAGAGAAAUUGUCGAAACCAGUAUGGUUGAUCCUUUUGUUGAAGAACACUUUCGGCGCAGCCUUGGCAGUGAUUACAAGCAUGUCAGCCCUAACGCAAAGACUGUUGCUGGCUCUGUGGAUGAUCAUUUUGCAAAAGCUUUAGGAGACACCUGGGCUCAAAUUAACGGAGGAAACACUAMAUCAGCAACGACAAAACCUAACACAGUACAUUCCUUGGUUUCACCAKCAACCUAACUUAAUAUGGAGUGACUUCAGGCCAAAAUGCUUGCAAUUUUUAAUAAGACAAAUUCACACUCCUGUAACCRCAGAAAGAAGAGUUAUUUGUGGUGGAGCAUUUGGAUUAACUUCCAUGGUAUUCAACGACAUUCAUUCUUUGUCUACUCUAUUCUACUUAAAAUAUACUUAUGCAGCAAGAGGAUCAUUAUUCUUCAAAAAUUAUUUUCUGAAAAUGAAUGUUGAAUGUAGAAAAUUUAUGAGUAAUCCAGUACCACAYGCAGCUGGAUUUUCAUUGCUCCCUAAGUACAGUACHGCUUUUGUAAGGUUAGGUGUAGUGCUAUUGUUUGGAUGACUAAUCUAUUGUUUUUUAAUCCAAUCAUGCAACUCGUUCCGAGCGGUACGGGUACGGGCUCGCUCAAAUCUAUAGACAAAAGUGCCAUUCAGUUUUAUUUGCUUUUUAAAAGUGCAAGAGUUUCUUAAAAAGGCAGGAAAAAAACAUACAAAACGAAAUGAAUUGUUUGAAAAGAAACCUUUCAGUCUGUUUWUUUUUACUGAAAAACUCUUAAUUCAUUUGAGAUAUUUGAAUACUGUUACAUCUACUUAAAUGAUUGGUAGGACACAGUUAUUCAAAAGUCAAAAUUUAACAGCAAUGUUUAGUCAACCUUUAUGUACUACAGUGUGUCUGCACUUGGGUAUGUGACUUUAUUUAAGUGCAGAUAGUCAAAACCAGGCUGCUAUAAAUUUUGGGCUGUUACGCCAAAAGCAUCAGCAGCACAAGAAAGGGAUAAAAAUUGUGAUAAAAAUUUCAAAAGUUUCAAAUUAUUGGGUUGUGUGUUCGAUUGAUUGUUAUAUUAUUGAAGUUUGUAGUUUUGGCAUAACAUGUGCAUAGUCAUUUUAAUCAUUGUGUCAAGGUAACUAUUAAUGUAUCAGAUUUGUUGUUUAUCUUGUYGUUGGGGCUUACAAGCUUUUUGUAGCUAUUUCUCUUGCCCUAACUUCUCUUUACUUGGCGUGAGCCAUCCAUGCAGCUCCUUUAAGCCAAUCAAGCGAGAGGGAAGUACAUAAAAAAUACAUGCAAAGCUGAUAUUCAAGAUUCAACUCACCACAAUACUCCUUUUUACAGUUCCGUUCAGUGACCACAAAAUAAUAGUUUUAAGUCAAGUCUGGAGUUGCCGAGCAUGUAAAACUAUAGUUUUUAUCAUGCAUGGCGACUUCAAUCUUGGCUUGGAACUAUUAUUCACUGAAMAGAACUAAAAAAUUGAGUAUUGUACUAUUUUAUAAAAAAAAUAGCUUUUUUGCUUUAAACAUUUUUGAAAUUCAGUUUGAUCCUAAAAUUUAUAUCUCUUAAAUCAUGUUCCAAUGUACAUUUCUUUGUAAUUAUUAAGCAUUCAUAGAUUUUAUUAGAGAAAAUAGAUGGUUAUUUGUAGUUUCUAUGCAAAAUUUAAGGAAGGCUUCAGUUUAAUUGAAGUUUUUUUAGUCUUGUAAAAUGUAAAUGAUUUUUUAUUCUAAUUGAUAACUCAUUUAAUUUAAAUCUGAGCAGAUUUUAUUGCUUGUUACUAUUUAUUAUAUAUUGCAUUAUUGUAAAUAGAGAUUGGAAUUAYGCAUAAAUAAAGUUCUGAAAAAUG